GAGGAGAAGAGACGAGGGGGGAGGAGAGGAGGGAUGAAAGGAAAAGACUGUUGGCAGAUUUCAAACCAGGUCAUCUGAGGACGAGAGGAGAGCGGGUGGGGAAGAGUGCAGAGUUAGGACAAGAAGCAACAUGCUUAGUCAGGUCUGAGACGUCUGGAAUUAGCCAGAGGAUAGAAUUUGUCUUUUUACGAGGCAGACAGAUCUAGGUUAGACUCUGGGCAGACAUUUUGUUCGAGACAACAUAUUUGCAGCGAAAGAGAAGUUAAUUCAACAGAAGCCCCACAGCUGCGAUUCGUUUCUACAGAAGCGACAACCCCUUCCUCUCCUCCCCACCUCACCAGUGAAAUCACCCUACAUCUCACCCACAAGAUCUUACCCGCUUGGCCCCCGACCAGUACCACACUUGUGCUGUCAAAACCUCUCAAGAUGUCUCUGAAGAUAGCCCUUGUACUGGCCAGCGUGUUGUCCACUGCAGAUUUCCUGAAGUGUUACAACUGUGCUGGGGAUCAAUGCACUGAUAAUCCAUUGACUUGCCCUCAAGGGUUUGAUCGCUGUAUGAUAUCAAACACUGCUGUGGGAACCGCAAAGGCAUGUGGCUCUCAAGCUUUAUGCAAUGUUGCACAACAACUGAAAGUAAACUGCUGCGAGGAGGAUCUGUGUAACGGCGCAGGGACCAUUGGGAAGAACCUCCUGCUCCUGCUGGUGCCGGUGGCCUCCAUCUUUGUGCUCUCCUGAGCUGAGAGCUCCACCCUCCUCCUCCACCACUGGCCCCAGUUCAGCUCCACCCUCCUCCUCUUCCUCCUCCACCACCAGUUCAGCGCUGUAAUCAUUCCUCUAGUCCAGGGGUGUCAAACUCAAAUACACAGAGGGCCAAAUUUAAAAACUCC